AGAUUCUCUCAGAAAUUGCUACUGUAUGCUCGCUCCCUGCAAUCCCUUCUUCCAAAUUCCAUUCUCGAUCACUUUUAAACCUUUUGAUGGAUCACUGAGAUUUGGUUAGUGGGCGGUCACUGAACUACCAGUGCAUAAGUAAAAACAUGGCUGCUGCUCGUAAGGUUGCACAUGCUGCGUACAACGGUCCAAGUAUUAUCAAAGAGAUCAUUUAUGGUAUAAGUCUCGGCCUUGGUGCUGGAUUAUUAUGGAAAAUGCACCAUUGGAAUAACCAGAAGAGAGCUAAGGAAUUCUACGAUCUUCUUGAAAGAGGUGAAAUUAGUGUUGUGGUGGAGGAUGAGUAGCAUCUAGCUAUAGGACGUGACUUUCCUUUUUCUUUGUUUGCUUUCAAGAGGUGGAUUAAUAUGGAACUAGGAUAUACGUUAAAGUUUCUAGCCAACUUAUGUUCCUUUUGAUUAUGCUUCUGUUACUGCUUUUAAGAAGAUUUUAGUCAUUUCCAAGAGAUAUAAUGACUGUUUUAUGCAUACUUUGCAAUCUGAGUAAAGGGUCAGUAUUAUAAUGAAAAGGGCAUAGCAUUGCGAUU